AUGAAGUCCCUGUCCUUCAUGGACAUCUCUACGAUGCUCUGCAGAAACUUUUCUGAUACGGCAACAGAUCCACCACAAUACAACAGCCUCGUGACCUUAUUAAAGACGCAAGGUGAUGCGGCCAAGUUCGCCAGCACUCUCGGCGGGCUAUCAAUGAUAAUAAAUGAUAUAAAGGCUAACGAUAAAGGAAUUGGUGGCGUGCGCAGCGAGAUCCUUAAGGAGAAGGCGUCCGGUCGGCUGGCUAGUUCAAAAGUGGAAGAAUUGAUUUGUAUGGGGCUAGAG